AACAUAAAGUUCUCCAGACAGUCAUCAACUUCAUGAGAUCUAAAUGGCCAGACAAGAAAUCAAUUUCAGCACAGGUUAAACCAUAUUUCGACCGAAGAGAUGCACUUUCAGUAGUAGACGAUUGUCUACUUUUCAAUGACAGAAUUAUAAUCCCAUCAUGUUUCCAUAAACGUGUUUUGAAACAGCUUCAUCGUGGCCAUCCAGGAAUCGAAAGGAUGAAAUCAAUCGCCAGAAGUUACGUGUAUUGGCCCAACAUUGAUGAUGACAUUACAGGAUAUGUCCGACAAUGUCAAAGUUGUGCAACUGCUGCAAAAUCGCCGAUCAAGACAACUUUAUCAUCAUGGCCAAGACCCUUAGCACCAAUGGAACGCAUACAUAUAGACAUAGCAGGUCCAUGCGAUGACAAAUACUAUUUUAUCAUAGUAGAUGCAUUUUCUAAAUGGCCUGAAAUUUUCCAAGUUCGAAGCAUUUCAUCAUCAACAAUCAUACAAAAGCUCAAUAAAAUGUUUUCCCAAUUUGGAGAUUGUCAACAAAUCGUGUCUGACAAUGGAACACAGUUUACGAGCUCAGAAUUUCAAAAGUUUCUUCAAUCAAGAGGUAUUCAUCAUGCGCGUACAGCUCCAUACCAUCCACAAUCAAAUGGACAAGCAGAGCGUUUUGUUGAUACUUUAAAAAGAGCCUUGAAAAAGCUUCAUCACGAAGGGACGAGCGAAGAGAACCUGGAAACAUUUCUUCAAACAUAUAGAUCAACUCCAAACAAAGUUAUAAACAACAAAUCACCGGCAGAACUAUUUCUUGGUAGGAAGAUAAAAACUGCUUUAGAUCUGAUGACGCAUAAACAUCAAGAUUAUUUAUCAACCGUACCAAACAAACAAAAUCAAUACUUCAAUUCCAAACAUGGCUGUAAGAAACGAGAGUAUAGUCCAGGCGAUCUUGUAUAUGCUAAGUUCUACAAAAGAAAUAAGAAUCAUUGGAUUCCUGGGACCAUCAUUGAAAGAAUAGGUAAUGUCAAUUAUAAUGUAUUAACAGAAUUUCCAAAUCGUUCCAGACUUAUCCGUUCACACGCAAACCAGCUAAAAACUCGCUAUGCUCCUGAUUCUCCUGAUAACACCAAUUCUAUCAAAAAGAAGUUUUCAAACAACUUAAAUGACAUUCUUUAUGAAUUAAAUAUGAUACCAUCUGUGUCAAAUGACGUAAAUCCACCUUCCGUUGAAGAACUAGAAUCUAUACCAAUACCUAUUGAUCCUAAUGAAAUAAUAGAAGAAUCUUCACAACAACAAAAUCAACCAACUACAAGUUCCAGUCCAAUUGCUGAAUCUAGAGUUCCUAGAGUUCCAGAAAACGAAGUUAGACGAAGUGAAAGAGUCGUUCGUACUCCAGCCUGGUUUAAAGAUUUUAACAUAUUUUAA